AUGGGUAACAAUCUGCGGUGGCUGAACGGAAAUGGCCCCCACGCCCUUGAAAGCGGCGUUUCGUUUGGCAUGUCAUGGCCACAGGGUCUCUAUCAUUCAAAGCAGACAUUUGUGAUUGAAAAUGACGGCAACCAAUGGCCUUUGGAUUGCCGAGAAAUCGCCUAUUGGGCUGAUGGGUCGCUCAAAUGGACGGCUCAUUCGGUCUCUGGCGACAUCGGCUAUGGUGAAGAAUACAAGGUCAAAGGUGCACCACACCCGAUAGUAACCCAGGAAGGUGUCAAGGUUGAGCGACAGGGCUCUGAACUUCGGGUGAUAACACAAGGAGGACUGCUAUUGCAAUUCGCUGCACCGGGGGGCUCAUCGAUCUUGGAGAGUCUUGCUCUGAAUGAUCGAUCGCUUUGUUCAAAUGCUACGGUUCUCGCAUCUAUCAACAGGAAAGAGUAUACGACGCGUGUGAAUGCGGUCGAUAUUGAAAACAUCACGUUUAGUAGAGCUGUUAUCAAAGUCACUGGUGUGGUAGAGGCUAUCGGUGUCUCUCAUCUUCCAUUUGAUAUGCGAUUUUACAUUCAUUCAAAUUCUUCAACUAUCAGGAUUAUCCACUCUUUCGUCCACGACCUCAACUCGGACGAACCUUUGACCUCCCUUGGAAUCCAGUUCGCUGUUCCUUUUGGAGAGACUGAGCUUUAUAACCGCCAUAUCCGAAUAGGAGGAUCGAGUGGCGGCGUUCUCAAGGAAGAAGUGAAAGGAUUGACUGGAUUACGCCAUGGCCCAACUGUCCAAAAUCGAAUCGACCAAGCUGCUGGAAAAUCAGUUGUCUUGAAUGAAAACGAGUGGAGUAGGACCGAUCUUACAAAAGGAGUAUCAUACAUUCCAUCAUGGGAAUCGUAUUCUCUUUCUCAACUUUCAUCGGACGGAUUCACAAUCAAGAAACGUACCAAGCCGGGCUGCUCCUGGGUCAAAGUAAUUGGAGGUGGGAGAGCUGAUGGAACAGCUUACGUGGGAUCGGCUCACGACGGCGGAUUAGCAGUUGGAAUGUCUGAUUUUUGGGAGCGCUAUCCCACUCAACUUGAUAUGAGCGACUUAGCGUCCGACCGGGGAAAAGUGACAGUCUGGCUAUACUCGCCACUUGCCGAGCCUUUGGAAACUACGCCAUACCACGAUGGGCUUGGAAUGGACACAUACGAAAAACAAUUGGACGGUCUGAACGUCACAUACGAGGACUUCGAGCCGGGAUUUGCCUCUGCAAAUGGCAUUGGAAGAACGAAUCAAUUUUUUCUCAAACCAUUCACCGCCACACCUUCGAAUGAGGAAUUCAGUCGUUUUUCAUCCUUAGUUCGAGACCCACCUCGUUUGGUAGCCGCACCAGAACACCUGCAUUCCACGGGUGCAUUCCAUGGAUGUUGGGCCCCUAGCUCGCAGAUCCUGGGCAUCGAACCUACCUCUCAAGAGACAGAAAUUGACAAAAGGCUUAAUCUUUUAUUCAAUUUCUAUCAUGGCCAGGUUGAACAGAACAGAUGGUAUGGUUUCUGGGAUCAUGGGGACGUCCAGCAUACUUACGAUGCGUAUCGGCAUGCCUGGCGAUACGAUGUCGGCGGCUUUGCUUGGGAUAAUUCUGAACUUUCAACCGACCUAUGGCUUUGGCUAUACUUUCUACACACUGGAAGGGCGGACGCCUUUCGAAUGGCUGAGGCGAUGACGAGACAUACCGGUGAGGUGGAUGCGUAUCAUACGGGAAGAUUUAAAGGAUUUGGAACUCGUCAUGGUGUCCAGCACUUCAGCGACAGCUCGAAACAACUUCGAAUCUCGAAUGUGUUAUAUCGGCGCAUAUAUUUCUACCUUACUGGAGAUGAGCGUACAGGUGACCUUAUUUCGGAGCUCCAGGAAUGCCAAAACGCUCUUUUGACUUUGGAUUCACAUCGGAAAGUCCAAGAACACGCUGGCAUACCUGAAGGAUUUGCUAUGACAAACAUUGGCCUUGAUUGUGGGCCUCUCGCUGCUGCCUGGUUGACCGCAUGGGAGCGGCGGUCGGAGGGAUGGGCUGAUUGCAAGAACCUUCUUCUCAAGCUUCUGGACGGGAUUGCUGGGCUCAAACAUGGGAUGGGAAAUAACGCUAUUUUGUUGAACCCUGCCACCGGCGAGGUACGAGAGUGCCCGCCUCCGACUCCGGAGUGGGCGAUCUCACAUUUGUCUAUGCUAUUUGGAUUCCCGGAAAUAUUCUCAGAAUUGUUUCAUUACGCCCGUAGUGAAAACCCGGAAACGGUGGAGGGGUUCAUGACAGUCUGGCUACGCUACUGUCGGGCUUAUAACGGAGGACCAGAUGUUCAACGUCAAGAGUUUGGCUUCGAGUUUCCAUCUCAUGCGACAUGGCGACAGAGCCAUUCGACUCUCACAGCCUUUGCAGCUGUGGAACAGAAACGUAAUGAUCUUGGUCAAGCAGCUUGGGAACAAUUCUUCAAUACUGAUGGAUACCCUGCUCACCAUGAUUGGACUGUUCUCAAGACAUCUUCUCCGGAGUACUUUGACCACGGAGAAGAGGCCGUCUGGGUGACGACCAACGAGGCCGCUCGGUACGGUGUAUCUGCUAUCUCCAACCUUGCAAACAUCAGAAAAUAUCUAAAAUAG